AUGAGAGGAGCAAUUUUUUUCAUCAAAGUGUUAAUCGCUGAUGAUCUCAAAUACUCCGUCGAAACUGACCAUAUAAUUUGCAUGCAGAUUGCGUCGGUAGGAAGCCAUGCCCAUGCAGCUCGUGCUCCGGAGCAAUACUGGAAGUCUGCUCUUCCCAACACCCCUAUGCCAAGCUCCCUCUCUCAACUCCUAAACAAUCAAGCCGGAGGCACGUCGGUGAACGUCGGCUGGGGCGGUGUCCAUGUCGACGCGGGUCAUGGGAUGCCCGGCGGCACGACGGUCGAUGUUGGCAAGGGUGGCGUCGGCGUUAACGUGAAGCCUGCAUACGGCAAGCCUGGUGGCACCGGCACCACCGUUGGCGUCGGGAAGGGCGGCGUCGGAGUCAACGUCAAGCCCGGCUACGGUAAGCCAGGCGGCACCACGGUCGGCGUCGGGAAGGGCGGCGUCGGCGUCAACGUCAGGCCUGGCUACGGCAAGCCAGGCGGCAAACCCCGGGGCAAGCCUGUCCACGUCAACGUCUCGCCUUUCAUAUACAACUACGCCGCGACGGAGACGCAGCUGCACGACGACCCCAGCGCCGCGCUCUUCUUCCUGGAGAAGGAUCUGCACGCCGGGAAGAAGAUGAAGGUCCAUUUCAUGGCCACCCCGGGCGCCGGCGAGAAGUUCCUGCCGAGAAGCGAGGCCGACGCCAUCCCGUUCUCGUCGGAGAAGGUCCCCGAGAUCCUCAGCCGCUUCUCGGUGGCGCCGGACUCCGCCGAGGCGGCGGAGAUGAAGCAGACGCUGCGCGAGUGCGAGGCGACGGCAGCCAAGGGGGAGAAGAAGUCGUGCGCCACGUCGCUGGAGUCCAUGGUGGACUUCGCCACGUCCAGCCUGGGGACCAGCCACGUGAGGGCCGCCUCCACGGUGGUCGGGAAGGAGGGGUCGCCGGAGCAGGAGUACACCAUGGCCGGCGUGAGGCGCGCGGCGGGGGCCGAUCAGCUGGUGGCCUGCCACGCGGAGCCGUACGCGUACGCCGUGUUCGCGUGCCACCUGACGCGGGCGACGAGGGCGUACACGGUGUCGAUGGUCGGCAAGGACGGCACGGCGGUGGAGGCCGUGGCGGUGUGCCACGCCAACACGGCCGGCUGGAACCCGAGGCACGUCGCGUUCCAGGUGCUCAAGGUGAAGCCCGGCGGGGCGCCGGUGUGCCACUUCCUGCCGCAGGACCACGUCGUCUGGACCCGCAGCGGCUGA